CGAACGGUCCCACCUGGAGAGGAGUGGUCUACUGACCCCGUGUGACCCACCGAGGCAAGGUAGUGUGUACUGAGACCUGAAGAGGAGCGGCCUACUGAGACCUGAAGAGGAGCGGCCUACUGAGACCUGAAGAGGAGCGGCCUACUGACACUAAGACAAGAUGGCAUCACCUACUCACGAUGACGGGGUGGUGGAUGUUGCCAAACGUAGCCGGCAACGAAGUGCUGACACUGGACCACCCUCCAAGGCCAGCAGACGUCGGUCUCGCUCUCGGAGCAAGGACCGCUCCUCCCGCUCCCGACGCUCUCCCAUCAGCCAAUCAUCGUCACGGAGAGAGCGGAGCAGAAGCGAGCGGAGCCAACGGUCCAGGAGCACGGAGCAUAGGCGGAGCCGGAGCCGGAGCAGACGUCGGUCUCGCUCUCGGAGCAAGGACCGCUCCUCCCGCUCCCGACGCUCUCCCAUCAGCCAAUCAUCGUCACGGAGAGAGCGGAGCAGAAGCGAGCGGAGCCAACGGUCCAGGAGCACGGAGCAUAGGCGGAGCCGGAGCCGGAGCAGACGUCGGUCUCGCUCUCGGAGCAAGGACCGCUCCUCCCGCUCCCGACGCUCUCCCAUCAGCCAAUCAUCGUCACGGAGAGAGCGGAGCAGAAGCGAGCGGAGCCAACGGUCCAGGAGCACGGAGCAUAGGCGGAGCCGGAGCCGGAGCAGACGUCGGUCUCGCUCUCGGAGCAAGGACCGCUCCUCCCGCUCCCGACGCUCUCCCAUCAGCCAAUCAUCGUCACGGAGAGAGCGGAGCAGAAGCGAGCGGAGCCAACGGUCCAGGAGCACGGAGCAUAGGCGGAGCCGGAGCCGGAGCAGCGCGGCCACCGGAGGAGGCAGAGAAGUGGCUGACCAGGGGUCAAUUGCAAUGACCCUUAUUGUUACCGGUACGGACGUGAACAUAAAAAAACAGUCAGUGCUAAGCAGUCGCAAUGGUCAUCAUAGGCUGGCAGUCCUCAUCACAGAGGCCGACGGCGGCAUCAUUGACCAAUUCAUGAGGACGAAUCAUCAUGAGCAGGCUACACAACUUUGCAUUGAUGAGUGUGAGAAGAUAACAUCCCAGUGCCUUACUCGACUGCUAGCCGCAUUCAAGCGUCUGGAAGAUGUCACCAUCGGGCGUAAGCUGUCUGAUGCCAUCAAUGAAGAAUCACUGGCUGCUCUCCAUGGCUGCUCCCAUCUGCAGAAAGUGCAGCUGGGAGCGAUCAAGAAAACAUUCGUGAAUAUAGCUGAUACAACGGUGAAAGCCCUGAGCAGACUGGUGGUUGAAUGUCGUCAGCUGUGGGAACUGAAGCUGUUUGCAAAGGAGGAGACCAGCCUACGGGUUCUAAGAAGCCUGCUGGAACACGAGGAAGAGAUACAAAACGCUGACGGCACGCCAAGAACCGUCACGCUACGUUUGACCAAAACCAGCCAUGACUUCGUGAAGAAAAAAGAGCCGUCAUUGACCACGAAAAUCAUCGUAGUGAAGAACAUGACAGAAGACUGAGAUGCAGAAACAUCUUUAGCUCAGAUCGCGCCUUCAACAUUCAGCAUGUCGAUGAACCUGCUGAUUGGCGCAUUACAAGACGCCGAGAUGACGGACAAAUGGGACGACAGUCGGCCGGGCUUUAUCUCCAACUGGGAGCCGGUGAAGCUGCGCUCCUUCAGCAACAGCGUGCACCGGGUGGCUGCGGUUAUGUCGUACAGGUGCGGCGGCUGAUCGUUGCCGUCGCUCUUCUUUGAUUUGUGCUGGGUGUGCUAAUUGUCGAUUCGUGAUCGUGUUUGAAAAAUAUAAGUGCAUUUAUACGAUGGGAAUGUAAGCUUAGCGGUAGGACUUUGUUUUAGGUUAGAGGUGAGUGAAUUUUUGAAGAUGUUACGUCUUGGAGGAAUAUGUCAUGCAUUUAGCAAAUGCAGUGUCAUAUAUGUCCAUGAAUUUAUGGCUAGACAGUAAAUUGAAGCUGUUCGAAAAUCUUUGUUGCAAUGCCGAAUGCGAUUAAUCAUGGAUACUGUGACUGUGCUUCAGAUGAAUAAACU